GGGUCCUUGCUCCACAUUGUUCUCCUCCCUACUAAGAGAACUAUCGGCUUGCGACGCUCAAUAGAGGUGGGCCUAGAGAGGCAAUUGCGCAGUGAUGGCCGUUGCUAGUGUUCUCUGCUUGCUUUCCGUGCUGCCUGGCUUUGUAUCUGCGUACCCGACCAGCUACUACCGUUACCUUAGGGAUGGAUUCACAACUCUUUCAUCGACUCAAGUUGCUUCGUUUAAACCUUAUACGAAUUAUGCAGCGGUUGCGUAUUGCGAGCCAUCGGAGACGCUUGCGUGGAACUGUGGAGCCAAAUGUGAUGCUAAUUCCAACUUCAAGACAACUGCUUCGGGAGGAAAUGGGGGUGAUACACAGUUCUGGUAUGUUGGAUACGACUCCUCGCUUGAUACUGUCAUUGUAGGGCACCAAGGAACAGACACGAGCAAUUUUAUUUCAAUCCUUGUGGACGCAGACUUCUUCCUCGGAGAUCUUGAUUCCGACCUAUUUCCCGGUAUCGGAUCAUCUAUUAAAGCACACAGUGGCUUUGCCGGCUCUCACGCUCGCUCGGCUCCCUCAAUCCUUGCAGCCGUCAAUCGCACACUCAUAGAACACCCAAGUGCGUCUGUAACGACCACAGGCCACUCCCUCGGCGCAGCUCUUGCACUCCUCGACGCCGUUUACCUCCCUCUACACCUCCCUCCUUCUACCGUCGUCCGAACGAUAGGAUACGGCAUGCCACGCGUCGGGAACCAAGCAUUCGCAGAUUACGUCGACGCACACGUCCCUCCCUCCAUCUCCAUCACCACUUCUACCUCCGACGCAGGUCUCGCAAGGGUCAACAAUAAGAAAGAUCCUGUGCCGAUCUUGCCUGGGAGAGGACUAGGUUUUCAUCAUCCGAGUGGGGAAGUACACAUCCAGGAGGAGGGGGACGCAUGGGUGAAGUGUCCGGGACAGGACAAUACGGAUCAGAGGUGUACAAUUGGGACUGUACCGAAUAUCUUUGAAGGUGAUGCGGAUGACCAUGAUGGUCCCUAUGAUGGUGUUCUUAUGGGAUGUACGUGAGGUAAUGAGUGUGCAUGUUUUCAAAAUACAACAGUGAUCUAUUUGUUACUCUAACGAAAGCUGGAGAAAGUGCACUGUAUAAGAGGAAGUAGG